AAAGGACGUGCUAACGGGAAAAAUCGGUAACGGUACAACGUCGUACGUUUUACGCUCGGUCGCGUCGUGCAGUUUUCUAAUGGAAUACACUGCUACUCCAGCCAAGUGCACAAGUGAAAAGCCAAUUGGAUUUUGUGAUAAAGCUCCAAAGAAAUAAACGAAAUUUGAAGAAAUUAAUUAAUAAAGAAUCGAUUUGUGUAUUGAAAAAGUGUUUCGAGCAAUGAAUGGAGUCUAAAAAGAUGCUUUUAAGAGGCGUAGACGAAGGUGCUCUUCAAUCUACUGAAAAUACCAAAAAAAUUACUAAGAUUGCUAUUAAUAUAUGGCUUACUAAAAAAAGCUAUAAUUUCUGUAACGAAAAGUGUAAUUUGUGAAAAUUAUUUGCCAGUGAAGAAAAAAUACAAAAAAGUUACGUGUGUAGACUUAUUAAUGUGAACAUAUGUGAAACAUGAAAUUGGAUAAUGUCAAUAACAAAGAAAUAUAAAAAAUUCUGAGCAGCACACAAAAAAUAAUUUAAAAAAAGAAAAUUUUGGAAAAAAAUCGUUGAAAUUAGAAACUCGGCAAAGAGUUUAAAAAACCCCUGGAGGUAUGCAACGUUAACUGAAACAAUAGAACGCGCGUUAGUCCUGAUACUUGACAAGUUCGAAUUUCCGUGAGAAACGCCAGCUAAACGGAGCGCAUAGCAACUCCAGCUUAAAUCUCUCAUGCAGCUGUGCUUAAGCGUCCACUAAUAUGGCUCGCAAAUGUAUUUAUGUGUGUGUGUGCAGAAGAAAAUGAAAAUAAAACAGCCGAGUGUGAGUGAAAACUAAUAAUAACAAAAGCAAAGCCGGAAUGCAAACAGAAUAAACACAACAAAAAAAUUUCGAAAAAAUACGGGAAAAAGCAAACAGCAAAAGUAGGCUAACAAGCGAUAAACACAACAAAAGUGAGUUAUUAAAAAUUAUGUAAAAAGCUACUGUAAGCAAAUGCAGCUAAUAAAUGCCAACAACAACAAAAAUAAAUAAAGUAAAAAUAAAAAAAAUUCUUGAAAGAAAUUUCCGCAGUGAAUGAAAGUGCAAAAGUAGUAAAAAACGCAAAUUAAUUAAAACGACGUGUGUACAAAAACAAAAGAAAAACGCAAAAAAUCGCAAAGCAAAUACACACGCAGCAAAUAGACGCGAGAAAAAGUGAGUCUCCCAGCUCAACUCAGCUCAACUACUCAAUUACAAGCAGGCACCACUAAGCGCCAGCAAAGCAAAAAGAUAAACAAAACCUACAUCCACAACACUGCUGCAGCACUCUGCACCCUCUACACCCUCUCCACCCCCACAGCUGCCACGGCACACGCACUAGACGCAAUCAAUGCCCACUAGACAAGCGCGCCGCUCCAAAGUGCACUCCAAGUCUACACAGCUGCACCGCUAAAGCUCUACGCUCCACACUCCACUCCGCUCCAGCUGCAGCAGUCUUUUAUUAAACGCAAAAAAACUUCAAGCAAAAUAAACAAAAAAAAAUCAUUGCAUACUUUUCUGCUUGCACUAUUUAACUACGCGCUCACUGGCCUGGCGCAUCCACAAGCAGCUCGGUGGCUCGACGCUUCAGAGGGAAUAAAACGCGAAACGAUAAUUUCAGAAAAGCUUUUACCUACUUCGGAACCGAGCAGCUUCUUAACAUUUUCGCCACGUACCACACAAGACAACCUUUUGAAGAAAACUGUACAAAAAAGGUGCCAAAACUCAAAUAAAUAAAAGUUGUUGCUGUUGGAAUAAAUAACUUAAGAAUUCAUAUUUAUAACACUUGCAUUGUUAUAAGCACAAUUCGAAGUUUGGGCUAAACUUCUAAAGCUUCGAAGCAAUCUAAUAGGCUACAACAACAAAUCGCAGUCUGUAAGUGAUGAAGUCAUGAGACCGACAUUUGAUCGACGCCUCUGGAUAUUACUGUACAUUCUACUAAUACAAUGCAUUGUUAUUACAAAUCAGCAAAACAUCAUCAAAUCACAGAAUUUCCACCUACAACAUCAGCCGCACUACAGCGACGCAGGCGCACGCCGAGACGGUCAAACUGUCGCCGCGUCUGCGCCUGCGUCGGCAGCGGUGCCGUCUACAGGUCACAGCAUAUCAACAGCACAUCGCGUGACAAGCAGCGAAAGCGUUGCGUGGAGGUCAGUAGCUGACAAUAAGCUGCCAGUGUCGCAGCUGGCUGCCGACGAGCAGCAAAAACAACAAACACAACAAAAAUGUGCCAAAUUUAAUUGUGUAGCCGUCGCAAAGACAAAUGUGGGCGCACACCACUACGCCUCCACUCUUUCCUCUUCAAACGCUGCGCACUCUCUUGCGGGUGCAGCGCUCAGCAGUCAAGCAACAAAAUCAAAUUACUACAAUUAUAAUAGCCAAAAACAAGACGAACAUCUGCAGCAGCCAUUCAAAUUGGCCGGGCUGCGCACGCGUUUUGAUGCAACAGGCGCGCCAGGUCUAGGGCGUAGCGAAAAGCUUUCGGCGCUUGAAACUCCGACCAACUUACAAGAACGCCAUGAGGGCAGCAAUAAUAAGAAGACAGCAGCGCGUGCGCAAUGGUCACAGUUGCUAAAGUCACAGUCUAAAGAACACCAGCGAGUGCAUGUGGCGCACAAAAGCCAACACAAGGAGGUGAAGCGGCACCGCGCGCCGGCGGCUGAUGAAUUUUGGAGAGCGCAUGAGAGCGCGCAGAAACUGCGCUGGGCACAUGAAACUAGCGCUGCUAUUAAACGUCGCCUACGACGUUCCACCGAUGCUAUAAUAUUGUUGCCUGCGCUGAAUUUGGACGCUGCUGAGCAAGUGGACAGUAUGAGUGCAGAAAUACUGAAUGAUGAGCGCGUGCACGUGGCGCGUCGCUCAAUUAGUGAUAGCAGCAGUGAGAGCGCCGGUGUAGCGACUGCAAGCGCCACAACACAAGUUGAAACGUCAGCGCAAGUCGCCACAUCUUCGGCUUCCACUGAUGUCGCUGUGUCUACGUCCGCUGCGGUGGUUUCUUCCUCCUCCUCGCUGUCUACAUCCUCUCUCGAGGACUUUAGUUUCUCCUCUCCCGUUGUUGACACGCAACCUAGUGUCAUCUAUCGCAACUCAACAACGAAUCAGCUUGUCGCUGAUGCCGCUAAACCCAUUCAAUAUGUUGCGCUCAAGUCGAAGCGCGCACGCUCGGCUGUAAGCGUUAGUGUGCCCGCCGAGGUGCUUCGUAAGCCUAAGGAACCGAUUAUCAUUAUCGAUGAUGUGGAGGAAUUCGAUAGCGGUACAAAUAGUGAGCACGACUUAACCGCUAUGGCCACAGUUGAUGAUAAAAGCGAAGAUUACUCACACGAUGAGCCAAUUGAGCCGCGCAUGUUGCCGCUACGUCCAGUGCUGCCCAAUCCGUAUGAAGAUGAGGAAAUGUCAGUUGUUUAUGCGGAGCAACAUUCCGAGAUACGGCUGAUGUGCGAGGUCGACUUGGAUAUUGCGUCCAGCACGUGGUACAAAAAUGGACAGGUGGUACAUGCCAUGGAUCGCACCUCACGCGCCACCGAUUAUCGUUUCAUUAAGGAGCCAAAUGGUGCUCUCACCAUCACAAAUGUCAUGCUCGAGGACGAUGGCAAGUGGCAAUGCGAGGCGGAGAAUUCGCGCAGAUACACGGAGAAUGCGAGACCCGUCAAAUUGGUAGUAUUAGAUCGCCCGAAGCCACCGUAUUUGUUGAUCGAUUCACGGCGCCUAGAUGCAGGCAAUAUUUUUGUACCGGUCAAAGAGAAUUCCGAAUUGAAUUUGGCUUGCGUGAGUGAAGGUGGCAAUCCCAAACCGACACUCACAUGGGAGGUGUUACUCAGUCCCGGCGUGGAUCGACAUGCGCAGAAAGUGUCCGCUGAAGUAUUGGAACUGGAAGAAGUAAAGAAUGACAAGGACAAAAACGCAUACAAAAUCAAUGGCGGCGCGAAAAGUGAGGCCCGCUUGCCGGCUGUCUACCGCGCCCAUCACAAUGCUCGCAUUCUGUGCGUUAUGGAGCAUCCGACGUUGAAGAUACGCCAAAAUGCAUCACUGCUGCUCGAUGUGCAAUAUACACCUUCAUUCGCCAUUUCACGCACACCCGGUUUCGGCUAUCCGCUGCGCGAAGGCAUCGAAGUUUCGCUGAAAUGUGAUGUUGACUCAAAUCCGCCGAGCACGCCGCGUUGGCAGAAGGACGAUGGUGACACGCCGGUUCCACAAACUGGCGAUGGUUUCCUGAACUUCACAUCGAUACGUCACGAACACUCCGGCUGGUAUAAAUGCACGUCACGACAUUUGAACUUUCAAUACUCAUCGAUUGGCUAUUAUUUGAGUGUGCGAUAUGAUUCAGUUGACGUCACUUCCGAGCCGGACGAUCAGGACAUCUCAGUCGCAGCGGCCUCACAUAAUCCCAAUAAGGGACAGCUGGAGGUGCAAUUAGGUGGCGCAGUGACGUUACAGUGUCCGCAAGGUUCCUUAGGCUGCUGGUCGCAUUUAGAUCCGGUAACCGCACGCUUACGUGGCUUAGGUCAUGGUCUAACCACACCCACCGGUCAAUUUUCACUCAAAGAUGUUGUCUACCACGAUGCGGGCACCUACAAAUGCAUCGGCCAAUCGCCAACGAAUAAGAAGAAGCUGGAAGUGCUGCAGACGGUGGGCGUGACGGUGAAAGGCUCUCCCACCGUUGUGGCGCGCAAUUCGACACCAGUCGCCUACCCCGGCUCGCCGUUGCAUUUAGCCGUAGAAUUCUGUGCCAAUCCGCCCGCGCAUGCCGCGCGCUGGCUGCACGGCGAUCGUGUCUACACGCCCGGCAAUCAAUAUGGCAGCACUGUGCUGGCUUACGGCGUAACGGACCUGCCCACACCGUACUGCAAGGAGGCGCGCCUCACCUACGUCAGCAUGCACGAGCGCGUGCCGCGCACUUUCUACUUCAUCGUUUCGUCGCCCGGCGGCGUGGCCGAGGCGACAUUCAAAGUCAACUUUACCAUGCGUUAUCGCGCCGUCUCCAACACGGUGGACGAUGAGGAGGAAGAGCUGAGCGAGCCCGAGGAGAUACACUUCCCGGUGUUCGGUGCGGGUGCGGCGGCGCGUAGUGCGCGUCGGCAGCUUGACUGCGCCGGCGCGUUAACGUGCAUACUCACAACAUUUGUGCUGCUGCUGUGCAAUGAGCGCGCGCAUAGUAGGCGUGGCUGGAGUUAGGUGGUGUGUGUUAAUUUCGUUUGGGUUUUUUUGUAAUAUUUUCGUUUUUAUUUUUUAUUCAUUUCUAACUAACGCAACUUCAAAACUAGCUUGUAAUGCCAACUGUAUGUCAAGAGAGAGAGAGAGAGAGUAUUAGCGAAUACUAUAAAAUCAAAUUACUACUAACGUCUAACUAUAUACACAUACACAUAUAUAUUUAUAUAUAUAUAUGACUAUGCUAGAAUAUCCUAAACCUUACUAUAUAAGCGUAUAUUUGAGCAAAAACGAAAAAAAAACUUGCAAUUUUCCAAAAUGAAUAUGUGUGCUAUCCUAUCCUUAACUAAACUAAACUAAACUAUAUUGUAUACAUACUGCAUACCCCCACUAUCACAUACAUGCAUGCUUAGUUGACUAAGUAUAUACUUAAGUACAUUAUAUACUAGCAUUGAACUAUGUAGCUCAAAACAAAAAAACAAAAAAUACAUUACUUAAUCCCCUUCCGCUAGCCAAGUGUAACUACUUUAGUAACUACUUACAACCUAAGCACUUGCUAACUACAUUAUAUGGUACAUACAUACAUUACCUAGUUAAGUAACGACUUCGGUAAUUAGUUUUCUAAGGUUGCGGCAAAUCAUUUUUAGGUUUUUAGGCUACCAUACUAACUAUCAACCUACAAAUGUAUUUACUACUAGUUGCGUAAACAAAUAAAUGUUCUUUUGUUAGUCUAACGCAGCGAUGUUGAGCAAAUAGCCUGCUGCGCGCCAAAAAGUGUGCUAAUCAUUAAGUUGAUAUCAAACUGUGUACGUACAUCUUUUGCAUACAGUUAUAAGCCGUUAUAAAAUAACGCUUCGCCUAUUAGUUAUUAAUUGCUUGUUUAAAAGUUUCAAUGUACAGCUUAUGCACUUUCAAAGCAUAGUUUUAGGCUGCCGAGUUUUUUGUGUGGUUCGUUAGUACAUUGUAGCGCCUAUGCUCUGGAAGGAAACUUUAGCAUAACGAAGUUGCUGCCAAAUUAAAUUAAGUAGUGUAAAAAUUAGUUCUUAAAGUGUUUUAGUUGUAACUUAGAAAAAAAUAUUAAAAAUGCUCAACCGCAACAAGCUGUAUUGAUUUUAAAAAUAUUUUUCGAUAUAAAAGUUCAAAAUUUUGAAAUUUCCAUAAAAAAUAUUCAUAAUUCGUUAUGAAAUUUUAAAAUAUUUUUCGAAUUAAAAUUUCAAAAU